UCGGGGAGACUUCAGGCCAGGGCAGUCUCCUGUCUUCUCUUGGAAACCACAGCAGCCCAUGCACACAGAAUGGCAGCCACAUUCCAGCUUCCAGGGCACCAGGCGAUGCCGCUGACCUUCCAGGAUGUGGCCGUGUACUUCUCUCAGGCGGAGGGGCGGCAGCUGGGCCCCCAGCAGCGGGCGCUCUACCGAGAUGUGAUGCUGGAGAACUAUGGGAACGUGGCCUCUCUGGGAUUCCCUGUCCCUAAGCCGGAGUUGAUCUCCCAGCUGGAGCAGGGGAAGGAACUUUGGGUCCUGAAUCUUCUGGGAGCUGAGGAACCAGAUAUCUUGAAAAGCUGCCAGAAAGGUUACAGAUGACUGCCUUCUCACUGUGUCCUCACAUGGUGGAGAGAGAAAGUGCAAGUUCUCUGGUAUCUCUUCUUAUAAGAGCACUAAUUCUGCCAUGACGACCCUCAUGACCUCAUCUAACUCGAAUGACCUCUCGAAGACCCCAUCUCCAAACGUCAUCACAUUGAGGCUUCAACGUGUGAAUUUGGGGUGAGCAGGACACAUUUCAUUCCAUGGCAAAAUGGAUCAUUCAUCUAAAUGUAAACCACAAAACUAUGAAACUUCUAGAUGAUAAUAUAGGAAAAAAAGAGGUGACCUUGGUUUGACAAUGAGUUUUUAGGUACAACACCAAAGGCACAAUCCAUGGAAGAAACAAUUGACAAGCUGGACUUCAUUAAAAUGAAAAACUUCUGCUCUGUAAAAGACGGCAUCAACUUUGGGAGGCCGAGGCGGGCAGAUCACCUGAGGUCAGGAGUUCGAGACCAGCCUGGCCAACAUGGUGAAACCCCAUCUCUACUAAAAAUACAAAAACCAGCUGGGUGUGGUGGUGGCACCUGUAAUUCCAGCUACUCCAGAGGCUGAGGCAGGAGAAUCGCUUGAACCCGGGAGGCAGAGGUUGCAGUGAGCCGAGACUGAGCCACUGCACUCCAGCCUGGGUGACAGAGUGAGACUCCAUCUCCAAAAAAAAAAAAAAAAAGACAACAUCAAGAGAAUGAGAAACAGUCCAUAGAUUGGGAGAAGAUAUUUGUAAAAGGCACAUAUAAAUGACCAUUAUCCAAAAUACACAAAAAACUCAAUAAGAAAACGAACAUCCCAUUUUAAAAAAUGGGUGAAAGGCCUGAAUAGGCUCCGAAUGGAAGGAGAUACCCAGAUGACAGGUGGGCAUUGUGAGAAGAUCAAUGUCAUAUAUCUCUAAGGAAUUGCACAUUAAAACAGUGAGAUUCCACUGCACACCUGUUAGAAUGGCCAGAAUCCACACCACUGAUAACCCCCAGUGCUGGCCAAGAUGUGGAACAGGAACUCUGAUUCAUUGCAGGUGGGGAUGCAAAACGGUGGUCAAUCUGGAAGACAGUCCAAAGGUCUUACAAAACUAAACAUACCUUUACCAUGUGAUCCAGCAAUUUUGUCCCUUUGUAUUUACCCAAAUGAAUUGAAAAUUUAUGUCCACACAAAAUCCUGCACACAGAUAUUUACGGCAGCCUUAUUCAUAGUUACCAAACCUUAUUCAUAAUUUCAUAAUUACCAAAAGUCGGAAGCAACCGAGACGUUCCUCAGUAGAUAAGCGGGUAAAUAAACCAGUGGCACAUCGAGAGAAUGGAAUCAUAUUCAGGGCUAAAAGGAAAUGAUUGGCCGGGCACAGUGCUUCAUGCCUGUAAUCCCAGCACUUUGGGAGGCCAAGGCAGGUGGAUCACUUGAGGUCAGCAGUUCGAGACGAGCCUGGCCAACAUGAUGAAACUCUGUCUCUACUAAAAAUACAAAAAUCAGCCAGGCAUGGUGGUCGGUGCCUGUAAUCCCAGCUACUCAGGAGGCUGAGGCAGGAGAAUCACUUGAACCCAGGAGGUGGAGUUUGCAGUGAGCCGAGAUGGUGCCACUGCACUCCAGCCUGGGCGAAACAGUGAAACUGCGUCUCAAAAAUAAAAUAAAUAAAAAUAAAUGAGCUACGAAGCUAUGAAAAGACAUAGAGGAACCUUAAAUGCACAUUACCAAGUGAAAGCAGUUAGUCUGAAAAGAUUAUACAGUUGGCCUUUGAACAACACGGGUUUGAACUUCCCAGGUCCACUUAUAUGUGGAUUUUUUUCAACCAAACACAUGUGAAACCCAUGUCCAGAGGGCUGACUUCAUAUAAGUGGAUUCUGAAAGGCCAGCUGUGGAACUUGAGUACGCAUGGAUUUGGGUAUACGUGGGGGUCUCGGACCCAAUCCCCUUUGUUUACCAACAGACACCUAUACUGUAUGAUUCCACCUAUGUGACAUUCUGGAUGAGGCAGCACUAUAGAGACAGCAGAAAGAUCAGCAGUGCCGAGGAGUAGAGAAGCAGGGUGAAGCCAGAGGAUUUUUAGGGCGGUGACACUAGUCUGUGCAGUACUACAGUGGUGGAUGCAAAACCCAUAGAUCACGCGGCACCACGAGUGAGCCCUAAACUGAGAUUUUAGAUGGUCACGAUGUGUCAGUGUGGGUUCAUUCAUUGUGACGCUGUUGUCACUGUGUUGCGGGAGGUAAGUAGUGGGGGAGGUGUGUGGGGGGUGGGGUAUGCAGGAACUGUGUUUUCUGCUUAAUAUUGCUGUGAAAUGCUCUAAAAAUAAAGUAUUUUCAAAAAAAUCUCAUGUUUCCCCAGAUUUUCCAUCUCUAGUGCUCUUCAUCCCUUUCUGAUGAUCUGAGUUUCUAGCUGGCACCAUUUCCCUUCAGCCCAAAGACCUUUGCAUUUCUCGUGGUGCGAGUCUGCUGCCCCAGUUCUUAGUUUUCUCGUGUAUGAAAGUACCUUUAUUUUGCUUUUUUUUUUCCUUUUCCCAUUCAGCACUUUAAAGCUGCUAUUUUACUCUUUUCUGGUCUCCUUGACUUUCGAUGAGGAGUCAGCCAUUCACGGGAUCACUGGCUCUUGGUGUGUCGUGGGUCACUCUCCUGCUUUCGAGGUGAGCUGCCUGUCGGUUUGGUUCCCAGCAGGUGGACUCUGAUGUACUGCAGCACCGGCCUCUUGGUUUUUACUCUGCUAGGUGUUCAUAUAGCAUCUUGAUCCUGUAGAUUUCUGUCUUUCAUCAAAUUUGGGAAAUUUUUGAUCAUUAUUUCUUCACAUUUCUUUCUGUACCAUUCUCUCUCUGGUCUCCUGAGAUACCAAUUAUAAGUGACCAUUUGAAUUAUCUAACAGAUUUGUAAGGCUGUUUAUUAUUUUUAAAAUAUUUCUAUCUGUAUUCUUCAGAUAAUUUCUGUUCAUCUCGAUUCAAGUUGACUUACUCUUUCCUUUAUUGUGCCCAUUCAGCUGUUAGUCUGUCAAGUAAUGCUUUAUUUCAGAGAUUGUGUUCUUCAGUUCCAGAAUGACUGUUUGAUUCCUUUUUAUUAUUUCUGUGUCUGCUGAGAGUUUUCACUCCCUGAGAUUUUCCUGUUUUGUUUUACUUCACUGAGGAUAAUUAUAAUUCCUGUUUUUAAAUCCUUGUCUGUUAGUUUCAACAUCUGACUCAUUUCAGGGUCAGACGGUUGAUUUCCUUUUCUCACAAAAACGUGCUCUGUUUUCUUGGUUCUUUAUGUGUUUGUUAAUUUUGGAGUAGAGACUGUGGAUUCUGUAUGUAUGGGUAUAUGUGUAUCUGCAUCUGUGUGUAUGUACAUGUUUACGCAUGUGAGCGUGUGUGAGUGUGCAUAUGAGUGUGUGUGUACAUCUGUGCAGCUGGUCACCAGCAUGUACCUUCACAAGUUAGAUUUUGCUGGCAUAUCCACGAGCUGUCACCACUGUGCCCUGGGCACCGAGCUUUCUGAGGCUUGUGUGUUGGCCUGUCCCAGGGCUCUGCCAUCGUCAGUAUUGGCCCCACUCACAGAUGUUCUUUCCUGGGUUGGGCCAGCUCCUUUUGGACACUUUUGAGAUCCACCUCAGGCCCGUCUGCGUUUGCGCUGCUGCUUUUCUGUGGCUCCUUCCGGCUACUGGGACUGUUCCCAUCUGGCAUUGCCUCCGGCAGCACUUCCAAGGAACUCAGCCUCCAGGGCCUCCUGUUGUCCUUGAAAAUGCAGUUUUAUUUCAUUAUUUUUAUUUAUUUAUUUUUGGAGGGUUUUUUGUGUUUCUUUUUUUUUGGUUUUUUGUUUUUUGAGACGGAGUUUCGCUCUUCUUGCCCAGGCUGGAGUGCGAUGGCGCCAUCUCAGCUCAUCACAGCCUGCGCCUCCCAGGUUCAAGUGAUUCUCCUCCCUCAGCCUCCCGAGUAGCUGGGACUACAGGCACCUGCCACCACGCCCAGCUAAUUUUGUAUUUUUAGUAGAGAUGGGGUUUCACCAUGUUGGUCAGGCUGGUCUCGAAUUCCUGAGCUCAGGCAAUCUGCCCGCCUCAGCCUCCCAAAGUGCUGGGAUUACAGGUGUGAGCCACCAUGGUGGCCUAUUUUUAUUUUUUUUGAGAUUUAGUCUUGUUCUGUUGCCCAGGCUGGAGUGCAGUGGUGCCAUCUUGGCUCAGUGCAACUUCUGCCUCCCAGGUUCAAGUGAUUCUCCUGCCUCAGCCUCCCAAGUAGCUGGGAUUACAGGUGCUUGCCACCAUACCCUGCUAAUUUUGUGUUUUUAGUAGAGACAGGGUUUCCCCAUGUUGGCCAGGGUGGUCUCGAAUUCCUGACCUCAGGUGAUCCACCCACCUCAGCCUCCCAAAGUACUGGGAUUACGGGCAUGAGCCACAGCGCCCAGCCUGAAAAUGAAGUUAAAACACAACAAAACUUCAUUUUGCUUGUUUGUAUUUUUCUGUUGUUAUUAUUUUUGAGACGGAGUUUCGCUCUUGUUGCCCAGGCUAGAGUGCAAUGGCGCGAUCUCGGCUCACAGCAACCUCCACCUCCCGGGUUCAAGCCAUUCUCCUGCCUCAGCCUCCGGAGUAGAUGGGAUUACAGGCAUGCACCACCACACCUGGCUAAUUUUGUAUUUUUAGUAGAGACGGGGUUUCUCCAUGUUGGUCAGGCUGGUCUCGAACUCCGGACCUCAGGUGAUAUGCCCACCUCGGCCUCCCAAAGUGUUGGGAUUACAGGCGUGAGCCACGGCACCUGGCAUGUAUUUUUCUGUUGUUAUUUUUGUGGUUUCCUGAAGACAUGAGAAGAUUCAGAGCUAAACUUUGUUCCCACUGGGACCAGAUAAUGAAAUUCUUUUUUUUUUUUUUUUU